AUGAGUGGUUUGAAUCUCAAUGAGGACGCUAUUGAAGUUGCUCGUCAGAAGUUGCGUGAAAGAUUUGGUGCUGCUACUCAAGUAGGAGGCAAAGGUACUGCUAGGAGGAAAAAGCGUACUCAAAAGCCGGCAGGUGGUAUGGAUUUGAAGAAAUUACAAACAAUAACUAAUCGUUUUAGAUGCCAGACAUUUCCAGCUAUUGGUGAUAUAACUAUGAUGAGAAGUGAUGGCACUUGCCUACACUUCAUAAAUCCGAAGUUGCAAGCAUCUGUUACAUCAAAUACAUACAUUAUUAGUGGAAAUGGACAAGAAAGGAAAAUUAAAGAUUUACCAAGGCAAGUAAAUCAGAUGGAUUUAAGUGCAUUCCUAAAUGAUCCUAAAUUCCGAAGAUUAUUCCAAGAUUCACAAUCUGGUAAUGCACCGAAUUUACAAUCUAACGAAGAGGAUGAUAUUCCUGAUCUUGUAGAGAAUUUCGAAGAAAUUGAAUAG